UUGAACGAUACGCCAACGAAUCCGACAUCGCCUACCUGCGCAUGCCCAGAGCCCGUCCACCAUAGCAGUGUGACUGGCAAGACUAGUUGCUAGAGUAGAGUGUGAAUGAUCGCAUUGCCAGGAAAUUCGCUGAGUUCUUAGCCUAUAUAAGAGCAGUUUCUCUAGUGCCGGAGCUUUUGUUGAGAAGUUCGCGUUUAUCGCGGCAUUGUUUGUGGCCAUACGCCGGUUUAUAUUAACUUUCGUACAGUGUGAAAGUCUCGCUCGGGCUCUUUAUUCCCACACUGCGAUACAUUGUAACAAUUUCUCGCUUUUCGCGAAAAUGGCCGCAACUACGUUCGAAAUGGACGGAAGUGUAAUGGAAGGGGGAGGACAGAUUUUAAGGCUGUCCGCGGCGCUGAGUUGCAUCCAAGGGGCGUCAAUCAAAAUAAAUAAAAUCCGAGCCGGUAGAAGCACACCGGGUUUGAGGCCUCAGCAUCUGUCAGGUCUCGAGCUGGUGAGGGACAUGUGCAACGGCAAUCUGGAAGGAGCCACAGUGGGAUCCUCUGAAAUUACGCUCACUCCUGGGAAAAUCAAGGGCGGGAAUCAUGUCGCAGAUACUCGGACGGCUGGAAGCGUGGGACUGCUGAUGCAGAUCUCACUGCCGUGCUCCCUGUUCGCUCAGGGUCCGUCAGAGCUGUGCUUGAAGGGAGGAACCAAUGCUGAGAUGGCACCUCAGAUCGACUACACUCUGAAGGUCUUCAAACCGAUAGUGGAGAGAUUCGGAGUUCAGUUUGACUGUGAUUUAAAAAUGAGGGGAUACUAUCCUAAGGGAGGUGGGGAGGUGGUGCUCAAGGUGAACCCUGUGAAGGAGCUGAGUCCCAUCAACAUGACUGAAAGAGGAAACAUCACCAAGAUCUACGGCAGGGCCUUCGUGGCUGGAGUGCUGCCCUUUAAGUUGGCGAAGGACAUGUCCACGGCAGCAGUCCGCACUAUCAGGAAAGAAAUUAAGGAUCUGUACAUCAACAUUCAGUCUCUGCAAGAGAAGGAAAAGGCCUGUGGCAACGGCAACGGGAUCAUAAUAAUUGCAGAAUCAUCCACUGGCUGCAUAUUUGCAGGGUCAUCUCUUGGCAAAAAAGGUGUAUAUGCUGACAAAGUUGGCAUCGAGGCUGCAGAAAUGUUGCUAAGAAACAUCAGGCAUAAUGGUUGUGUGGAUGAGUUCUUGCAAGACCAGCUUAUUAUUUUCAUGGCCUUGGCAAACGGCAUAUCCAGAAUGCGAACAGGCCCGAUCACUCUCCACACACAAACGGCAAUCCACGUGGCCGAGCAGCUCACGAACGCCAAAUUCGUUAUACGCAAAGCAGAGGAUGAGCAUGCCAACAACGAUACCUACAUUAUCGAGUGCCAAGGAGUGGGUGCCACCAAUCCUAGCUUGUGAACACAUGGAUCCGUCAUCCUCGGCUUGUCCCCAGCUGAGAUGAGGAGGACUUGUAGCAGAGACACCUACUACUGUAACUGAC